AUGCCAUCCAAAGGGCCAACUUCGAAUGAAUCAAAGACUACCAAGACAGACAAAGAGGAAACCAUUAUGACUUCAAUUACAUCCGCGUUUACACCCAUACCCACAAGCCAUUCAAGACGUUCAGUGCCCCUAGUUUCAACAACAAGUCCAUUAAUCACAUCAAUCCUAUACAAGAUUUUUCCAAUAUUAAUCAUUUUCAACACUACACUAGAUUUUAUAACUUGGACAUCGCAUGAUCCAUUCAUGAACUUUAUCUAUCAUUCAAUGCUUUAUUUGCUUAUUUUUUAUUAUGACGUUACGAUAUAUUUCUUCUUUGUUCCAAUACUUACGGUGCUUGUGAUCUCAUCAAUUAAUCAUUAUGUGAAUUCUGUUUAUAUACAUGUCAACGAGGAAGAGCCAACGCUUGAAGAAAUUGUUGAUACUUUGGAUAACUUCACAACUAGAGUGGAUAUAUUAUUGGAACCUUUUAGAGCUGUUCAGAUAUCGUAUUUGAAACUUUUAAAUUUUCUAUUCAUGAUUACACCAGUACAUUUAGUGUUGAUGAAAUAUUUUUUACAACCAAAGACAUUUCUUUUGUCAAUAACAAUUAUGAUCACAACAUUUCAUUCUCUGUGGUUUCAAGCCACUCUGAAGAUAUUAUGGAGAAGUCUGUUUGUCAGAAACAUUUUCAGUUUUUUCAUUGGUACUAAUACGGCACAUUUUUACAACAAUUAUAGAAUAUUGAAUGAAACUAAAAUAUCUAAUGAUAAGAAUGGUAAAAUUAUACAAUUUCAAAUCAUUGAAAAUCAAAGAAGAUGGGUUGGACUUGGAUGGUCUGAUAAAUUGUUACCUUAUGAAAGAGCCAAUUUCACUAAUGAAGCUUUACAAGAAACAUCAUCACCAGAUUCCUUCCUGUUCCCUUUCAACUCCAAACAAUGGCAAUGGCUGGAAGAGAAGUGGAAUAUUGAUCUGAAAUUCUGUGAUAAUAAAAAUAAAGACGGAUGGAAAUACUUUGAUAAUUAUUGGCAAAGUGGUCAAACAUCAGAUUCCAUUACUUCUUACACAAGAUCCAGAAAAUGGACCAGAAAAGCUGUGCUUAUAUCUGAGAAGACAAAGAGUACCUCUAAAUAA